UGAUCGCCAUCGGUACCAGUGGUCGGGCUGCUAAUUUUUCCCCCGUAUAAUUUUAGGUAGCCCAAAUAUCCUCCACGCAAUUCCGUAUCGAUUUUCUCCUCUCUUUCUCUCUCUCUCUCUCUCUCUCUCUCAUCUCCGUCGUAUUCGUAUAUCCAGCCACAGUACGUCGUCAAUCGGUGCUAGUUCCUUCAAUAUUCAAAAGAUUCAUCAAUAGACAAAACACACGCUGUCUGUAGAGAUACAUAAACACCACAGCAUCCCGUGAACGGCGGGGAAAGAGGUUGUUGGAAAAGGAAACUUAAAAUUGCCUUUUUAAUACCCUUUGUGUGGUUGGUUCGAUCCAGUUGAUUGGUGGAUGGCUGCGAGCGCGAACCCUUCUGGGAAUAAUCAACAAGAAAGCUCACGCAAUGGGAACGGGGCCGCGGCCAACGACGGUGGUUCUGCGCCCCACGAGAAUUCAGCUGUGGCGGCCACCCAGGCUGCCCUCCGCCACAACCCCGGUAUCUCCGUCGAAUGGACCGCCGACGAGCAGUCCCUUUUGGAGGAGUUGCUCACCAAAUAUGCUUCAGAGCGGAACAUUGUACGGUAUGCAAAAAUUGCAAUGGAGUUAAAAGAUAAGACGGUUAGGGAUGUGGCGCUUCGUUGUAGAUGGAUGAAUAAAAAGGAAAAUGGUAAGCGAAGGAAGGAGGACCAUAGUUCUACAAGGAAAAACAAGGAUAAAAAGGAAAAAGUUGCAGAUCCGAUGGCAAAGUCAGCACCUCAUGCUACAAACCGUUCAAGUGGUCCUCCAUAUGCCCAACCUGUGAUCUCUAUGGAUAGUGAUGAUGGGAUCUCAUACAAAGCCAUUGGUGGUGUGACAGGAGAGCUUCUUGAGCAAAAUGCCCAUGCCUUAGAUCAAAUUUCUGCCAAUUUUGCAGCUUUUAAGAUGCAUGAAAACAUCAAUCUCUUCUGUCAAGCUCGAAAUAACAUCCUCACGAUCUUGAAUGAAUAUUGCAGCUUGAAUGACACGCCGGAGAUAAUGAAGCAGAUGCCACCACUUCCGGUGAAGCUAAACGAAGAGCUCGCUAACUCCAUCCUUCCUCGGUCAUCCUUGCAGAAGAACUCAUUAUCCUAGCUUCUCAGUUGAGAUCAGUUCGAUGAUGAUCAGAAAGUAGCAAUCGGACCCAGUUCUUUUUUCCAGUUUGAAAUGGAGAUUUAACGGUUCAUUUCCUUUCUUUUCAUCGUUUUGUUAUUUUCAGGAAGUAGUUAAUGUAAAUACCUCUAGUGUAGGCCUGAUUCUCGGUUCUGUAAGUUAUUUGAAGCUGUUUAUCUUAGGCUACCUUAGGCUUUAUGUGAAUAAGUUCAAAUUGUCAACUCUCUGGGCACUCUUGAUUCGUGACUUGGAUACUUGUAUUCUUUUAGCGGAAAUUCUUAGAACAAACCUCUGGGGGGUUACCAACUUGGAGGGUUAUACGUGAGAGAUGUAUGAAAAUUUGUGAAAGUGCAACGGAAUGCGCAUAAUGUACAUCAAGAAUCUCGUCUGUUUUGCAG